GCAGGCACAAGGAACCGAUCGUGGCCAUUGGAUGGCAACUCCGGGGCGGGCCGCGCCACCCAAUUAUUGAUGGAACCCGGUAACCACGAGGGAAGUCCGAUGAUAGAACGGUGGGGGAGGCGGAGAGCGCAAUAGGAGCUGCCAUUUCAGUUCUCACCUCCUAAGCUAUAUACGUCGGCUUUACGCACUAGCCUGCGCCCGUCUCCUACCUCGAGAGGCUUAGGAUCCGACGUUCCUUUUUCUUCCUCCUCCUCCUCCGCGGGUUGGCUUCGCUGAAACCAAGGUCUUUGCUUGUUCCAACCUUUCUCUAAGCUUAUGCAUGCGCAUGUCUUGUGUAUGUGGAGAUUUUGGAGAAAAGAGGCGACUAUGGUUUGGUUGCGAACAAAAGGAAAGGUCGGAUGGCAAUCCUAGAGAGCAAUCGUUGAAGAAGAUGCGACUUUUGACUGGAUUUGCGAUGCAGCUACUCUCGGAUCGAAGAAAAGGAACGAUCUUGUCAGCCAAAAAGAUGGAACUUUACCUUGUGUUCUGAGAAGAUCUUGACCUUCGGUUCCACUUUGUUCUGCCAUGGGUUUGGUCUAAUCGAGCCAUCAAUGGAAUGUGUCGGUGAUUCAGGCAUCCGUAGUUCUUCGCACACUGUAUCUUCAGGGACUCCGUAAGCAUCUUCUUCUCCCCUGAUCUAUCAUGCCUCUUUCCGAGUUCUAUCAAGCAUCAGCAAGGAAGAAGUUUGACGCUGCCCAGUCCAACAAGAUGGCCAGCCGCUCGUCUAAUCGCUCUUCUUCCAUGCCUGAUAACGAGUUCGUCGAACUACUCUGGGAGAACGGUCCGGUUGUGAUGCAGGGCAAGUCCAACAGGCCUCGGAAGACCUCCAUUGCCACCACCAACUUCUCUUUGCCUGCAGACAGAGCUGAAGGGAAGGACAGCACAGCUAUCGCCAACAUGCCCAAGCUGGGUGUGCUUGAGGCCAUGGACCCAUUCGUCAGCAACUUCUCUCCCUCUGAUCCUUCUGGCAAUGCCGGAAUCAUCAGUACUCAAUUCGACAAUAUGGUUCCCUGGAUCAAUUAUCCGAUUGAAGAGGAUCCUGCCUCCAGCAAUUAUUGCUCAGAGUUCUUCUCUGAAAUCUCAGGGAUUUCUAUGCCUGCUAAUGAGAACAAUAGUUUUGGUCAUAGUACACCAUAUGUGGAGCAUGGAAUUGUUUCUAAAGCACUCGAAGCUGGAUCGUGUCAGAGUUCACUUCCAAGCAUCAUGUCAAGAAUUGAGAAUUCACCGAAAAAAGAUGUAAGCAGUAUGGAUUUAAUGAACUCCUCCCUUUUCUUGAGACCGGGCAUGAAAGGAAAAGCUAAUCUCCAGAGUGUUGAGAAUUCUGCCACUGCCACUGCAAGCAGCAACCGGAUCGAAUCGACAGUAAUCCAGUCUUGUAGUGGUUUGCAAAGUACUUCAGGUAUUCAAGGAGAGUUGAACUCUGUCUCAUCCAUGUUGGAGAUGGGAUCAUCCGCAGAAACUCCCCGAGAGAUUGCAUCUGUUGAGCCACUGGAGGAUGUCUGUGAACAGGACAUGCCAAGAAAGAAUCUCAAGUCGGUAAUCGAAAAAGAUCACGAAGCCAUUGCUGCAUCUUCUUCUGUUGGUUCAGGCAACACAGCAGGAACAGCAUCCGGCGAUCCUGCACAAGGUGCAAAGAGGAAGAAUCAAGGAGAAGAGUGUGGUAACCACAAAGAAGAUCUUGAAGAUGCAUCCACGCCAUCAAGAAAGCCCGAUGCUGAUGCUGCCAAGGGAAGAAAUGCAAAGAGAAGCCGUGCAGCAGAGGUGCAUAAUUUGUCAGAAAGAAGGAGAAGGGAUAGGAUCAAUGAGAAAAUGCGUGCGCUGCAAGAGCUUAUACCCAAUUGUAGUAAGGUGGACAAAGCGUCAAUGCUUGAUGAGGCCAUCGAGUAUCUCAAGACCCUUCAGCUUCAAGUUCAGAUGAUGUCUAUGGGUAGUGGGCUGUGCAUGUCUCCGGUGAUGCUACCAGGUGGGAUGCAGCAUCUGCGUGUUCCCCCCAUCGCUCAUUUCGCGCAGAUGGGAAUGAACAUGACGUUUGGUUAUGGGAUGGGGAUGCUCAACAUGAAUGGUUCUCCGGGCUGCUCUCUGGUUGCAGCUCCUCCUCCCAUGCCUGGCACACAGUUCCCUUGUUCUCCCCUUCAAGCACCUCAGGGUUUAUAUGGGAUGCCUCGGCCUACGAAUCUUCCCAUGUUUGCACAAGGACAAGCACUUCCUGUGCCAGUGCCUCGUGUGCUACCACCAUUCAAAUCCAUGUCAGGCCUCCCUGCAAAUUUGAACUCAGUGCCUGAAGCUUCGACGACCACAACAAGCAAUCCUUCACGAGCUCCAGAUGCAGAAACCUCAUCAAGCUUUAAAGAUCAAAAGGCUAGCGCUAGUGAUUCACAGGGAACAAAAGGAUCGUCCCAACGAUGUCUGAGUACACCGAGCAUUAGUGAUGAUGAACCAGUAGAACUAGUGAACGGAACAUGAAAAGGAGAAUAUAUCGUCUUUAUGGUUUCCUAUGGUGCAGGGCAUGGAUGAUAAAUUUCAGAUGGUGACUGAUCGAGAUAGGUCAAUGUUUCUGGAUGGAUGCAGAACCCUAUGAGAGCACUGGAGUAGCCAUAUAACUUCAUUGCAGGAAGUUUUGGGAGUUCAAAGCUAGUAGAAAGACUCAUCCUUUUGUUUGUGAAAGGAUGAGGUUCAUGAAUCUACAUAACAAUUUUCCUUUCGUUUAACAUUUGUUUGCUGAUUACCAUAAGUCAGAAAUAUCACAUGUCCCUGUGCA